AAGUCCUCACACUUUCUUGUAUGCUUUGAGCUUUAGAUAGAUCGACCCAGAGAUCCCACAGAAAAAAAAUUGCUAAAGUGAUCCAUUCUUUUCCAUGGCCAUGAAUUUCGAAAUUCCAACCAAAGUGAAGGCUUGGGUGUACCGCGAGCACGGAGAUGUCGCCAAUGUGUUGAGAUUGGACCCAGAAUAUGAGGUCCCCGAAGUGCAAGAAGGCCAGGUGCUGGUUAAAGUCGUUGCUGCGUCGAUCAAUCCAGUCGACAACAUGAGAGUGAACGGGGUUUUCGAGCUCCCAGGCUUUGCUUUGCCGGCCGUGCCGGGAUACGAUCUCGCCGGCAUUGUGGUGAAGGUGGGCCGGGAAGUGAAGGAGCUGAAUGUUGGGGACGAGGUAUAUGGAUUUACGUGGCACGCCAAGAAACACGGGACGCUGGUUGAAUACACGGCCGUGGAAGAGUCAUUCUUGGCUUUGAAGCCCAAGAAGCUGAGUUUCGAGGAGGCUGCUUCUUUGCCGGCGGUCAUUCAGACUGCCUAUGGAGGCCUUGAAAGAGCUGGCCUCUCUCACGGCAAGUCCCUCCUUGUCUUGGGUGGUGCUGGUGGUGUCGGCACACUCGCAAUACAGCUAGCUAAGGAAGUUUUUGGUGCAUCAAGAGUAGCAGCUACAUCUAGCACUGGGAAGCUAGAUCUGUUGAAGAGUUUGGGUGCUGAUCUGGCCAUUGACUACACCAAGGUCAACUUUGAAGACCUCCCAGAGAAGUUUGAUGUUGUCUAUGAUGCAGUUGGGCAAAGUGAGCGGGCAGUGAAGGCUGUGAAGCCAGGAGGGAGCGUGGUGUCGAUUGUAGAAUAUGCGAAGGAAUUACCACCGCCCGCUUUCUUUUUCCCAGCGACAUCGGACCGUUUGACCUUGGAGAAGUUGAAGCCCUUCUUGGAGAACAAGAAGGUGAAGCCGGUGAUCGAUCCCAAGAGCCCGUUCCCAUUUUCGCAGGCCAUUGAGGCCUUCUCGUAUCUUCAAACCGGCCGGGCAACCGGAAAAGUUGUGAUCCACCCCGUCCCAUGAAACACAAACGCAAAAGAAAUAGAGCGUCCACAUGGAUAUGUCUUACUCAUAAGUUCUCGAUUAGUAGUCGAUGGUGCUUGUUUUUGUCUCCGUAUAUUCAGCUUCUCUUUGUAUAAUUGCUCCUGUAUAGUGCUGUUAGAGUUAGCGUGAUGGAAGGCUUCUACUUUACAUAGUCUCCAUUGUGUGCCCUGCCCUCGUUGUCAAAAAUAGAUUUUGAUGGCGAUAUAUAUAUGACCAUCCUUUCAA